CAUUCAGGAAUGGAGUCCAAAGACCAGGACUUCAAGGCUCCCAGGAUCAUGUGGUACACCAGCACCCGGGGAGGGGCCCCACGGGUCAACUUUGAGGGGGCCCUCUUCUCUGGCUAUGCACCAGAUGGCGGCCUCUACAUGCCAGAGGAGCUCCCACAGCUGGACAGAGAGACCUUGUGUCGCUGGAGCACACUUUCCUAUCGCAGCCUGGUGAAGGAGCUGUGUGCCCUCUUCAUUGGCCUGGAGCUCAUUCCAAGACAUGACCUAAAUGAUCUGAUUGACCAAGCCUUCAGCAGAUUCCGCCACAGAGAUGUGGUUCAUCUACACAGGCUGAGGGAUGGGCUGAACAUACUGGAGCUGUGGCAUGGGGUCACAUAUGCCUUUAAGGACCUGUCUCUGUCCUGCACAGCUCAGUUCAUGCAGUACUUCCUGCAGAAGAGAAAAAAGCAUGUCACCAUUGUCGUAGGAACUUCUGGGGACACAGGAAGUGCUGCCAUUGAGAGUGUCCAAGGACUGAAGAAUGUGGACAUCAUUGUUUUGUUGCCCAAAGGCCGUUGCACAAAGAUUCAGGAGCUCCAGAUGACAACAGUGCUGAAGGAGAAUGUCCGUGUGUUUGGAGUGGAAGGGAACAGCGAUGAACUUGAUGAGCCCAUCAAGGCCGUGUUUGCUGAUGUGGCUUUCGUCCAGAGGCACAACUUGAUGAGCUUGAACUCCAUCAACUGGUCUCGGGUCCUAGUGCAGAUGGCACACCACUUCUUCGCUUAUUUCCAGUGUGCACCCUCCUUGGACACGCACCCCCUCCCCCCUGUGGAGGUGGUUGUGCCAACAGGGGCUGCGGGUAACCUUGCAGCUGGGUGCAUUGCUCAGAAGAUGGGCCUGCCCAUCCGCCUGGUUGUGGCAGUGAACGGCAAUGACAUCAUCCACAGGACUGUCCAGAAGGGAGACUUCUCUCUGUGUGAGGUCGUCAAGCCAACCCUGGCAUCUGCUAUGGACAUUCAGGUGCCCUACAAUAUGGAGAGGAUCUUCUGGCUGCUCUCUGGCUCUGACAGCCAGGCAACAAGAGCCCUCAUGGAACAGUUUGAAAGAUCCCAAAGUCUGCACCUACCCAAGGAACUACAUAGCAAGCUUUCAGAGGCUGUAACAUCCGAGUCGGUGUCUGAUGAGGCCAUCAUCCAGACUAUGGGCCGCUGCUGGGAGGAGAACCAGUACCUGCUGUGCCCCCACUCAGCCACAGCGGUGAACUACCAUUACCAGCAGUCUGACAAUGGGCAGUCCAGUAGCAUCUCUCGGUGCUGCCUAGCCCCUGCCUCUGCAGCCAAAUUCCCAGAAGCAGUCCAGGCUGCUGGGCUGACUCCCCAGACUCCUGCAGAGAUCCUAGCCCUGGAGCACAAGGAGACACGCUGCAUCCCGAUGCAGAGAGGAGAUGACUGGACACAGAUGCUGAGGUGCACGAUUGAGGGCCUGUCCCAGCGGUGGGAAGGUUGUGCUGUCAACUCCUCAGAGUAGCCAGGCUGGAACUGGUUUGAAGUCUUGUCCUGGGACUGGCUGGGACAGGGUGACUCAGUAGAUUAGAACUCUCGCUGCUCUUCCAGAGGACCCAAGAUUAGUUCCCAGCACCCAAGUUAGGCGGCUCACAACCAUGGAUGACUUCAGCUGUAGGGGUUCUGACAUCUUUGGCCUCUGUGGGCCAUGCACUCAUGUGAACAGAU